UUUUCCUAGUGCUGAGAUGGAUUUCUGCGACCCUUUUUCUAAAGAAUGUGUAGAUGCUUUGAACCAAGCUGUGGCUUACCACCUGCAUAUCUCCUGUGUGUAUUUAGGAAUGGCCUACAGCUUUGUGGUUGAUAAGAAAAUGCCCCCUUUUGCCCGGUUCUUUGAAAGUCAGGCUGAAGCAAGGAGGGAAGUUGCAGAUCAAUUCCUAAAACGUCUAUGGAAACGUAAGGGUAAGAUCUGUCCUCCAAUUCAUAAGAAGCCUAAUAUGAAUGAAAUAACCACUCCUACAGAAGCCCUAAAAUUAGCUCAGGAGCUGGAAAGAACAUUAACACAGAUCCUGUUAAAUCUAAACACGAGAGCUAGUCUGGAUCGUGAAUCUGAUCUCUUAAGCUUCUUGACAUCGUUGAUCCAGAAACAGAAACGGAAUGAAGAUUAUUUAAAAUGUCAACUGAAUUACCAGGAAAGAGUAGAAAGACAGAAACAAAAGAACAUCCAGACUGAAAAACCUUCUACUUCAUCAGGUGAAGGGAUUUAACUCUGAAAGGCAAAGAAGCAAACCGGAGAUCAUAAAGUCAGUGAUUUAAGAGUCUUCAUCUCCCAAUUGCUGAAGACUGCUUUCUUUUCUAUUUUUCUAAUGCUCAUUUUUAAAUAAAAUUA